CAAAACAAUCUCAAAAUUUCUAGAGACGGCCGAUAUUAUUCUUGUGGUUGUAACUAGAAAAGGUACUUACAAAAAUUUUAUUAUAUUAUUUUUUUUAGAAAAAGUAUUCCGCAAUUUACGUAAUUAGACAAUUUAUUCGUUAGUAUAUAAUGUCGAGUUUGUAAUUGAAGAUCUGACUGACCAUGAUGUUGAGAACUGCCGUGAGACUAACACCGACUUUUAUAGUUCCUUUAUUUCAACAUCACAACGAAAACGACUACAAUGUUUUGGAUCCAACUACACCAAAUAUUCCAAAGACAGGUUGGGACCGUGUGAAGAAAAUGUAUACCAGAGAUGAGUAUGAAGAAAUAUCUGUAGAACUAAACAGUGUGUUGCAAGGCUCAUUGGCAGGGGCGUUUAUUGGAGCAUGUAUGGGUGGAUUCUACUCUUCUCAGCAAGCAUAUGUUUAUUUUAUGGAGAACAAUCAAGCAACAAUAUUUAAGUCUACUAUGGAAGCUAAGAAAAAACUACAAAAUUAUGUGACUAUAGGCUUUGCAAGAGGAGCACAUCGUUGGGGAUGGAGGCUGGGUCUUUUUACAGGAAUGUUUAGUUUAAUAGCUACAACUAUUUCGGUAUAUCGUGAUGAUACAUCUCUAAUACAGUUUAUCACCGCUGGAGCGAUUACCGGUGGCCUUUAUAAAGUUAAUUUGGGUACAGCGGCGACAUGUGUUGGUGCUGGCUUAGGCGCUGCCCUUAGUGCGGUGAUUGGAGGAGUGAUUUUGGGAAUUUUAAAAGCCACUGGAUUUUCUAUGCAAGAACUUAGACAAGCACUGUACAAUAUCAAAAAAGCCAGGGAGGAUCAGUAUAGACAAGUAAUAGAAAAAUCUGCCAAAAUUAAGAAUGAUGACUUGACUAGGCACCACGAUAAAUUGGUUGAGGAGAAAGGGCAGAUGGAUUUAAAAAACAUUGAAUGAGUUACUUACAUAUGAGCAGGAUAUUCCUUUUCAGACAUAGUAUCAUGUACGGAAAUAACUGGCAGAAGGUGCAAGAAAUUGAUUAACUUAUUUACAUUGUUAUUACAAUGACCUGUCUGUCGAACAAUAGUAUAUUUUGUCAUAUGGAUCAUCGUAUCGAUUUAAUAUUGGUUAUUGAUUACCGUUUUUUCCUUCUUAGUCUAUUUCAAUAAUAAAAAACGGAGAAUGCUAAUGUUUGAGUAAACCCAGAUUGGUUUAUGUUUACUAUGAACUUAGAAUCAAAUAAAAUUAUUUUUAUAAAAAAAUAAAUAAAUUGGGUAUAGUAUGUACUCAAAACCACUUUAGUUAUCUGAAGUAAAUAAUAAGAGGUUAUUUAAUUUAUAAUAAAUUAUGUUAUAAAA